CCCCAUUCUAUUUUGCCACUAGAAACAUAUGAUGAUAUGCAAUGUCCAUAGCAGAGACCCACGCAUCUCUGAUGUCCUGUGGCAAAGUUGGCUUUCAAGAACCGCAAGAGUUCCCGCCGACCGACGAACCAGAAUCGAGCGCGACGAAGGAACUCACAGUUCUGAAGCACCAUUGCCGGUUAGGUGAUUAUGCGGGUCACGUCUUCAACAACCUAGAGUUACACAACACCGACGCCCCUUUACCGAAGCUCGCCACGGAACUUGUCGAACUCUUGGAGGAGGAGGAUAGUGACGGGCCCAUGGCGCUAGCCAUCGAGUUUAUCACAAAUCGCAUCCGCAACCAAGGGGGAGACAUAGAUUCAGCGAUGGCCAAGUUCGCGGUACAGGCCUAUGCUGCUCGGAAUCAGGUCUGCCAUAGAGAAGCCGGACACCUUGUGAUCGCGGAGAAAUGGGACGACCUGGCCCGACGAAUUUCUCUGGAUCGCGAGGCGCUGCCUGAAAUACUCCCCGAAGACCAGAUACAGCAUCUGGAAACUUGGCGUCGGAUACUGUGCUACUAUAGAGACAGGUACAUCGCCCAGAACUCGAAUAGAAAGUGGCAGAAGCGAGAUGAUGAAUCCCUUGUUCAACUUGCUGACACUGUAUCUACUCCCGGCGAUCGACGACAAUCUAGUAGCGACAGUGACAGUGACAGCGACAGCGACAGCGACAGCGACAGCGACAGCGACAGCGACAGCGACAGCGACAGCGACAGCGACAGCGACAAGGGCAGCACGACGAUCGGUCAGGGUCAGAUAAUCUUGGCCACAGAAGCGGCAGUUCCUAGUUCCUAG